AUGGGAGAGUUUAUACCGUUCUUCCAUGAUGUUCUUCCACGUAACAGGUUUGAAGAGAUCUUCUGGAUGUUACAUCUACAAGAAGACACAACAUCAACAAGACUACGACGAAUUGACAAAGUUAAGCCUCUUCUCGAUCAACUGCUUACAACAUUCCAGAGUGUUUUCUACCCUGGACGUGAGAUUUCAGUGGAUGAAACAAUGGUUGGUUUCAAGGGUAGGGUUGGUUUCCGCCAAUAUUGUCCACUGAAACCGAUUAAAUGGGGCCUCAAGUCCUUUGUUCUUGCUGAUAGUGCUACAGGGUUUAUUCUCAAUAUAAUCCCGUACACUGGAGUGAGACAAAGGACAUAUAUCUGUCAAAUUGUAAACCCUGAACUCCCAAGCCUCACCCAGAUAGUUUGGCUCUUGUUGAAAAUUAUCUUCACAAGGGUCAUCAUAUUUAUGCUGACCGGGCUCUAUUCUAGUGUCCCUUUGGUUGAUGAGCUAGAGAGUGUGUAA